GCCACAAAUAUACAACGCAUAGCCACACUAGUGCUUAAUUAUGUUAUUUUUGCGUUUGUAACUUUUGUUAUUCCCCAAGGGUGGAAGGUAUUGGAAUGCGUCACAUUUCCUUCCAUAAAUCACGCCUUCUUUGACCUUUACCCCUUUAAACACAUGGGAACAUUGUGUUCAAUCCAACUUCAUGACAGAGUAAUCGAAUUAGGAUUCUUCUGAGCGCAGAAAUGGAGAAUAUGCACAUUCGGAUUAUAGCUGCCGGGUACAAGCAGCAAAUACCAGUUGAAUACGUACUAAAGGGCGCUGAUAUGUUGAGACAAGAAGGGUACAGUAAGGAAGGUUUACACAACGCAGAUUUCAAGAAAGCGAUAAUGGAGUUCAAUAAUGAGAUAAUAAACGAUUUUGAAGACAGGGUAUUGCCAAAGUUUGAUAAAUUGGUGGAUAAAUUCGUCGCUGAAUUUCCAGCACACCUGCCAAAACCAAAGUAUACUAGUAUAUACGAGAAGCUUACUCAAAAUUCCUCAUCUAUCUCUCACAAUAAGAAGCUUUUCAUCAAUAGCUUCUUCGAUGGAGAUGUACACAUUGGUAACAUUCCACUAACAACUGUUUCUCGGCGUUUUGAUAUCAAGACAAAAGAAGAACGUUCGAAUAGAAUAACUAUCCAGGCACAAAGCACAACACCAAAAGGAUCACCAAGCACUGAAAAACUCCCAGUUAAAACAAAACCAAAACCUCAAAACCCAAUCGCUGCAACACCCGUUAACAAGAACUGGGGAUUGCUAAUGAGAACAAACACUAAUACUCCACAAACAAAGCCACCACUGGACCUAUACUCCACUAAUUCACAUUCAAGUGGAUCAUACAGAGAUACCAAUGUCUAUUCUGACAACAGAUAUGUGGAUAGCAGAACAGAAGCUAAUACUACUAACAAGAACUACAAACCAUUUGAUUCUUACAAUUCGUUAAAACCCCAGGAAAAUCAUACAGACUAUACACAAAGGAGUAUAGAUAGCACUAAAUCCAAUGGCGGAAGAAUGGGUAUUAUGGACAUGUAUGAGAAUAAAUUGAACAAUUUAAAGCGUCCAACAAAUAAUACAAAUCCUAAUAAUGGUAUAUCGCCUAAUAUCGCACAACAAAACGGAAGGACGACUUCUUACCCAUAUGGAAAUUAUCCCAAAUCAUUUGGGACAUUCCCUAGACAACAAAACAAUAGUUAUACUACAAAAGAAAAUGAGAAUAUGAAUGUCAACGUAGAUAUAGAGAGAAGUACUGAAAAUGUUAGUGGUGGACAUAUGAUUGAUGACUAUAAGUAUCAUAGUAACAAGAAACCUGCCAAGCGUAACUGGGACAAGUAUAUAACUACGGAAUCAAAUCUAAAGGUUAACAAUAGUGCCACUACCACUGCUAACAACAAUAGUGGAAAUACCACGAAUAUUAAUAAUGUUACUUCAAAGCGUAGGGAGGUGCCAGAGAAUGAGGAUGGAAAAUUCAAAACAGGACUAGAUUGUCUGAAAAAGAGGUGUGAAGAGGGAAAAACGACUUGUGACGUUGAUUUAGAAAAAGUGAGAACUUAUGGCAUAAACUUUUCCAAUAGGGCAACAAAAAAUGUUACAAAGAAGGACUCUAGAUAUGCGAUACCAGAGAAAUAUAUGCCACUAACAAGUGGAGAUGUGACAGAAGAGAUGAUUUCUUUGGUUCUGGAAAUGAAGUUGGAUGAGUGUAACAAUAAGGUUACCGAGAAUGAUAUUGCUGGGUUGGAAAACAUCAAAAAGAUCAUAAAGGAUAAAAUUGUGCAGCCUAUUCUUAGACCUCAUUUACAUAUAGGUUUAUUUAGGGCACCAAAGGGAAUUUUACUCUUUGGCCCCCCUGGGACUGGUAAAACCACAAUUGCCAAGUGGAUUGCGCAUGUUUCUAAGGCUACAUUUUUUGAAAUAUCUCCAAGUUCAAUUACUAGCAAGUUUCAUGGCGAAACUGAAUCCAUUAUAAAGACUUUGUUUAAAGUUGCAGAAUUUGAUAGUCCAUCUUUAAUAUUCAUAGAUGAAGUGGACGCUGUAUUGGGUAAGAGGAAGAGCACGGAAGACGAUUCUAGUAUAAGGAUGAAAAAUCAGUUCUUGCAAAUGAUGGAUGGUCUAAACAACAAGGCUGAUAGUAUUGUAAUUGUCGCUGCUGCAACGAACAGACCGGAUAUGCUAGAUGAUGCUGCCCUGAGGAGAUUUACGAAACGUGUGCUCAUACCUCUCCCGGAUUUUGAGACUAGGAAAUCAUUUAUAAUGGAUAUCCUGAACAAGAACACGAGUGGAAAGUGCCAAUUGGCACAAGAAGAUUUGAAUACAAUAGCUAGCUCUACUCACGGAUGGAGCGGAAGUGAUUUACUUGGUUUAUGUUCCAAGGCUGCAGAAUACUCUUACGACGACACAAUACAAGAAUAUGGAGGCAUUGAAAAUAUACCAAAUGUUGAUGUUUUCAGAAGUAUAGUGUUGUCUGAUUUUGAAAAGGCAUUAGGGUGUGUACAUCCUUCAUCCAAUUGGGAAAGCUUUGCCUUUUUCCAGGAGUGGGACCAGAAAUUUGGUUCCCAUUAA